UGCGAGGGCGGGCGGGCUAUGGCGCAGGCGGGUUGCGGGGCCGGCGCUGGUGGCGAGGCCCAGUGCUUGGCGGUCUGUCGGCGGAGUCGACCUCUGGGGCUGUCAGAUUUGUGACUUAGAAGAAAAUCUCAGACCUCAGCUGUGGCUCCCAGUGUUGGUCAGAAGCCAACUUCAUGUCUGCGUGCACGAGGAACAAUUUGCCAUGGAGAGCUUGGGGCUGCAGACGGUGACCCUCAGUGACGGGACAACAGCCUACGUCCAGCAAGCUGUCAAAGGAGAGAAACUACUUGAAGGACAAGUGAUCCAACUCGAGGACGGAACCACUGCAUACAUUCAUCAAGUGACGGUACAGAAAGAAUCUCUCUCCUUUGAAGAUGGACAGCCCGUGCAGCUGGAAGAUGGCAGCAUGGCCUACAUACACCGCACUCCUAAAGAGGGUUAUGACCCCAGUGCCCUGGAAGCUGUCCAGCUGGAAGAUGGCUCCACUGCCUACAUUCACCACCCUGUGGCUGUGUCGGAUGGCGCCAUCCUGGCCGUGCAAGCAGAGGUGGGCCUGGAGGAGCUGACUACAGAAGAUGACGAGGGCUUCAGUGCAGACACAGUGGUGGCCCUGGAGCAGUAUGCCAGUAAGGUUCUGCAUGACAGCCAGGCUCCCCAGAAUGGCAAAGGGCAGCAGGUUGGGGACAGAGCAUUCCGCUGUGGCUACAAGGGCUGUGGACGUCUCUACACCACAGCUCAUCAUUUAAAGGUGCACGAACGAGCUCAUACAGGUGACCGUCCAUACAGGUGUGAUUUCCCCAGCUGUGGGAAGGCCUUCGCUACAGGGUAUGGACUGAAGAGCCAUGUGCGCACCCACACUGGUGAGAAGCCAUACAAGUGCCCAGAGGAGUUGUGCAGCAAGGCCUUCAAGACCUCAGGAGACCUGCAGAAGCAUGUCCGCACCCACACCGGGGAACGCCCAUUCCGGUGCCCCUUUGAGGGCUGUGGCCGCUCCUUCACCACCUCUAAUAUCCGAAAGGUGCAUGUGCGCACCCACACAGGCGAACGCCCCUACACCUGCCCUGAGCCCCACUGUGGCCGCGGCUUCACCAGUGCCACCAACUACAAGAAUCACGUGCGCAUCCACACAGGGGAGAAGCCAUACGUUUGCACGGUGCCAGGCUGUGGGAAGCGCUUCACCGAGUACUCAAGCCUGUACAAGCACCAUGUGGUGCACACGCACUGCAAGCCCUACACCUGCAGCACCUGCGGCAAGACUUACCGGCAAACCUCCACCCUGGCCAUGCACAAGAGGAGCGCCCACGGCGAGUUGGAGGCCACAGAGGAAAGCGAGCAGGCACUUUAUGAGCAACAGCAGCUGGAGGCCGCCUCUGCAGCUGAGGAGAGCCCGCCACCCAAACAACCCUGCGUUGCUUACCUUUCGGAGAUGAAAGAAGAGGGUGAUGAUGUCCCAGCCCAGGUGACCAUGGUGACACAGGAAGAUGGGGCCCCACAGGUGGCCCUCAUCACCCAGGAUGGUGCCCAGCAGGUCAGCCUGUCCCCUGAAGACCUGCAGGCCCUAGGGAGUGCCAUCAGUAUGGUGACCCAGCAUGGUGGUACCACUCUCGCCAUCCCCAGUCAUGACAAUGAGCUUGUCACAUCUGGCACACAUACGGUCACCAUGGUCAGCGCCGAUGGCACCCAGACGCAGCCCGUCACAAUCAUUACCUCUGGAGCGGUGAUGGCUGAGGACUCAAGCGUAGCAUCCCUUCAUCAUCAACAGGUGGCACUGUUGGCUACAGCCAAUGGAACACACAUUGCAGUGCAGCUGGAGGAGCCACAGACUUUAGAGGAGGCUCUCAGUGUGGCCGCUGCGGCCAUGCAGCAAGGGGCUGUGAGCCUGGAGACAGUGGCAUCGGAGAGCGGCCGCUGA